AUGUCUCCACAGACCUUACAACGAAACUACUUCGUCACACCCUGGCGCAGCCAUGCCGACCUUCUGAAUGUUCGCCAUGGUCUCUACAGCCCUUCGACACCAGCAGAGCAAAGCCAUGCCAUUGCCACGGUAGCAGCCUGGAAACAAAGAGGCAAUGUUCCUCACGCGGUCGAAAGCACUGCCCUUCUCAUGGACGCCAUGCUCCUUCACGCUCAAUUUUCGACCUCCAACGCACGUCAAGUCUCUUUCGCCGCUGACCCUGCAGAAUGGGCACAUCAAGGCGUCACUGCCGUUACCGCUUCAUCUUUUGCCCUCAGAGCCGCCUACACUACCGCACUCUCUAGAUUCGUCACUGGUUUUGCGGAUCUGGGACGCCAUAGAAACGGACCUGGACAGAGCAUGUUUGAUGUUGCCAGAUCCAUUGGCUUGCCUCCGCAUUUCGUCGAACUACGCCAUGAAGUCGCACACGAAGAUCUGCCUGGUCUUGCAAGACUCGUCCGCAGUGCUCGCGAAGCAGUAAAUUGGCUCUGGGGCGUGUACUGGGCGAAAUUACCUCAGGACGCUUGGGAAGCCGAGGCCGGAGAGGAGGCUGCAGCACAGGUUGAUAUGCAGUCUCUGGCAGCAGUGAGACUGGAGGCUGCAGAGUAUCUCAAGAAAUUCAGAUCACGCAGAGUCACGGCACUAAAGAGCAAAGCAAAGGCCAAGGACACUGCCAGCCCAUCACUUCAAGCACAACAGCAUUGCCAAAAUCUGUGCUGUGGCGAAGAUGAAGCAGCAAAGUGGACACAAGUGGCAUCAGUCUUGAUCGACGAUGGCCUGAUUGUCCCCUCAUUAAAACAGAAAAAAGGCCCUCUUGCCGAUUCGGCACUACAAGGUGCUUAUCUGAUCUGGGAUGACCUCCUGAUCAUGCUUGCAGCCGGGUCUCCACUAUUCAUUGAGGCUUUCCUAGAACGAGCUAUUGCACACAACGCAAGACUGACAACUACGGACGAGGACCGCGACAGAGCAGACCCAACCAAAUGGGCCAUCUACCGCUGGAUCAUGCACGUGCUAGACUCGGACAACUGGCUCGAGAUGCGUGGCGAGAGUCCAGUGCUUUUCGAAAUUCUGGCGCUGAGAGAGUGUAUAUUGCACCCCAAUACACAAUGGAGCCACGAACUGGCCGAGGAGAUCCUCGAAGGUGCCGAGAUGGAUGUCCGAGCUACCUGGAAGAGUUUGGUGGAAGCUAGCGCUUUGCUGAGCGACCACGAUGCGGAGGUCGAGGAAGAGGCAACGAAGGAGACGAAGAGGACGGAUGAUGUGAAAAUGGAGGAUGUUCCUUCAGAGCAAGGGGGUUGGCGACGGGAGACAGGAGCAUGGGAAAGUUUGCCGAUCGGUAUGGUAGCGGAGUAG